AUGGGCGGUGAGCUUGUCGGAUGGAAAAAGUCUCUCGCUCUUAUGCCAUAUGGAGCGCGUUUUCGAAACCACCGUCGGUUAGCCCAUCAGCUUUUCGGCAGCAACGCGACCAUGAAGCGAUUUCUGCCGAUGUUGGAGCAGGAGACGCGUCGUUGUCUGAACAGGAUCGUCACUGCACCCGAAAGCCUUUCUGAACAUAUCCGGAAGACUGCCGCAGCCGUAAUUCUGCAAAUCUCGCAUGGAUACAUGAUCCAAGAGAAGGAUGACCCAUUCGUGGAGCUGGCUGAACGAACGGUGAACCAAUUGUCCCUCGCAGCGACAUCUGGCGGCUUCUUAGUCGACCUUAUUCCAAUCCGAAGCUCCAUAAGCCGCAUCUCAGACUGGUUUCCUGGAGCUGGAUUCAAACGGACCGAUGGAGCGUGGGCUUCAGCACUGAACGAAUUCGUGGAAAAGCCACAUAACUAUGUAAAGCAAGAAAUUGUUAGUGGAGCUGACACAACCGUCCCAUCUAUCUACACUUUUUUUAAAGCGAUGCUUCUAUAUCCCGACGUACAGGCAAAGGCACAAGCCGAGAUCGACGCGGUGAUCGGGGAUGGGAGGUUACCUCGAUUCGAUGACCGAGAGCACCUCCCGUAUGUCAAUGCACUAGCGCUCGAAGUCACCCGAUGGCACACCGUAGCACCUGCAGAGAUCAAGGAGCCUGAAUUUGAUCCUAAUAAAUUGGCAUUUGGAUUCGGCCUAUGGGUUCUAGCCGACGCCUCGAUAUUUAUUUCAUGUGCUAUGGUGUUAGCGGUCUUCAACAUCUCGAAAUAUUCUGAAAAUGGCAUUGUUUUUGAGCCGGACACAGAGAAUACCUCAGGGACUAUCAGCCAUCCGGCGUCGUUCAAGUGCACGAUAAAAGCUAGGAGCGAGAAGGCUUUAGAACUCAUCAAUGAGGAAAGGUCUGUGUGA